AUGGCCGACCACGAAGCGAUCCUUGCGGAGGAGUUUGAGGUGCUCGAGUCGAUCUUCCCCGAUGAGCUGGAGAUCGUCGACAAUGUGGUCAGGAUACGUGUCGAGCCAGAAGAGGAGGUCAGCGGCCACCCGCUGACCGUGACGCUCGUCGUGUCGUACCCCGAGACAUACCCCGAUGUGAUCCCGGACAUGGGGCUGGAGGACAUCGACGAGGAGAGCGGCACGCUGCGCGAGGGCGAGGCGGACGCGGUGGUAGAGCAGCUGAAGCAGACCGCGGAAGAAUCCCUCGGUAUGGCCAUGACCUUCACUCUGGCUACAGCAGCGCGCGAGGCUCUCUCCGCGGUCCUGGCCACGCGUCUGCGGAAGGAGCAGGAGGAGGACGACGCGCGCGCGGCAGCGUACGAGGAGGAGGAAAAGGCCAAGACGCGCGGCACGCCGCUGACGAAGGACCGGUACUUGAGCUGGCGCAAGACGUUCCUGGAGGAACUGAAGAAGAAGCGGGCCAAGGAGGAGGAGGAGAAGGUCCGCGCUAUGGGGAGCAAGGAGAGGGAGGAGUACAAGAAGCGAAGGGACAGGCCGAGCGGUGAGUACACACCGAGCUGCCAAAGCACCGCGAUGUUCUGGGACCAGAGCCAUGAAGCUACACAAUCCGCGAAUAAGCUGACAACUACAGGCCGGCAACUUUUCGAGACCGCCAAGGUCUCCGCCACGUCCGACGAGGCGCUGUACGAGGACGGCGAGGCCGUCGACAUGUCCAAGUACACGCGCGAGGAGCGCGAUGCUGCCCGCUGGGCCGAGGAGGGUGAAGGCAAGGCUGGCAUUGAUCUGGAUGAGUCGGAUGACGAGUAG